GCCAACAUGCCGGGACUCCUGGGCAGCAGCUGGAGGAAAUUUGGACACGCAGGCAGGGGGACGUACGAGUGGCUAACCAGCGAGCCAAGCCUGCCUCUUCUGGAGACUCAGCUGCAGGACACCCAGCAGGUGAGCUCGGCCCAGGCGGACGUGGAGCCCUUCCUGUGCAUCCUGCUUCCCGCCACCGCGCUGCUCUUCGCCGCCUUCCUGCUGCUCUUCCUGUACCGCCGCUGCCAGCGCCCCAGCGCCCAGGGUCAGGUGUUCAGCAUCGACCUCCCGGAGCCCCCCGCGCCGGCCUCCGAGGUGACCGACGUCCUGCCCGGCCUGCCCUGGGCCGAGCAGAGCUUCCCCUACGCCCCGCUGCCCGCCUCCAGGGCCCUGCGACACCCGGGCCUGCCGCCCUCCUAUGAAGAAGCCAUGGGGAACCCUGCUGGGGAGGACGCCCUGGACAAGGCCCCCUGA